AUGUACGGCGACCAAGGUGGUUUCCACCGUGUGGGUCACCUCUAUGAGUUUUUUCAGUUUCAGUACUUCAAUGGAGGUCAGUUCGCUCACCCAGACUUUGAGUUCAUGGAGGAGGAAUGGGUUUGGCGAUACAAACCUUUGAAUAUCAAGGUCUGGGCGGAUUUGCUGGAUCUAUCUGAAAAAGAGGCCGCGUCUGUGGUUUCCUUCCACUACACGAACCAUUUGGGUUUUCGCUGCGCCACUGACUUCACGCGCGACACGGCCGAAAUCCUCUGUUCCAUCAGCGCCGCCUCUUCUGUGGCUCCAACGCCAGGGCUUUUCACGGUCCACAUCGAACGCGGUCCGGAUGAGCGGCAGAACCUGGCAGAUCGACUGAGUGAUGAAGCUGGCUGCAACUAUUGCAUUCCCAUUCUGCACCCGGCUGGAAUCGAGCUGCCAUUCUUCCAGCCAGCUGGGCCGGCGACCACCAAAGUUCUGGCAGUAAGGGGUGAUGUCGUGAACUUGUGGACCCGGUUGGAAUUACGCCUUUGCGAAAGAUUAGAUGCUCUGAAAGGAAGCGACGAAGCGAUGAUUUGCAGGGCAAAGCACAGGUUGGCCAACGUUGUGUCGGCUCGUGGCAACUUCAAGGAAGCCGCGGGCCUGUUAAGUGAAGCGCAUCUUCAAGUGGCCGAUGGUGGAGGGAGUCUGGUGAAGGUCCUGAUUUCCGAAGAGAAAUGGGCUGAAGCAGAGAAGAUUCUGAAGAUCCUCUUGGACAACACUCCGGAAAGUGGAAGUGGAACGCGGCAUGAAGGGCAUGAAGGGCAUGAAGUGGACAGCACACGCUUGGUUCGAUUGGGAUACCAGGUCGACUUGGGACGUCUUUUGGCAUCACAGAGGAAGAGGACGCAGGCCAUCCAACUUCUCCAAGCUGAGAUUGCGAGUUCUCCCGUUGCACACCCAGAUGCCAUGGAGGCGCAGCAGCACCUGGCGCAGAUUCUCAUCGAAGUCGGCCAGUUCGAAGAAGCUGAGAAGUUGUACAGGGAUCUUUUGAUGCAGCACCAAAAGAUUUUGGGCAGGCAGCAUCCAGCCUCUUUGAGACUCCUGUGUCAUUUGGCCAAUACUCUGCACGAACAGCAUGAACUCGAUGAUGCCGAAAGUUUGUUGAAGGAAGCCCUGACAGCUUACCAAGAACUCUUCGACCUGACGCAACAAGCAUCCCUCUCGUGCCUGACUGAUCUAUCUACUCUUUGGGCCUCCCCAUAUUCCUGGUGGUUCCAUGAGAAGCCUGGACAGAAGGAAACAGCCAAGAUCUAUUUGUCACAUGCCUCAAGCGUGGCUGAGUGGCAGUGGGAUGAUGUGACAGAUGUCUAUCCAAACGCUGUUUGCAAAGCCGAUGAUCGUUUCUGGUAUUCCUACAGUUUCAUUGGUUGCUUGCAAAGCAUUGACCCCCAGAAGGCCUUCGAAAUGUGUCAUGUGCUUUGCACACGCGUGGAAGAGGAAAAACAACCGAAAUGGCAGAUACGCCUCUACAAGAACCGGCGCGAUGGGAUCAAGAAAAACUUGUGUAAACAGGUCUUGUCCCGACUUUGGUCAGCUUUCGGAAUCUUUCUGGAUUUGCUGAUGGCUUACCUGAUUUGUGCCUUCAAUGUGUUGAAUCUGCAGCCCUCGCAGUCCAAUCAAACUCCCAGUUGGCUUGCGCUGGCAACGGCUGGAGAGGUAAGUGAAGAGGUCAACUUGAACGAACUGGGUGAGCUGGGCUGCUCAGGCAUGACGAUGUGCUGCACAUUUUUCGCAAUCGUUGACAUCUUCGCGCAGCUUUGGCAGUGUGUGUAUCUGCGGGUUGUCAAUGCGGAGAUGGGCAGAUGGGGCUUUGCUUAUCGAUGCGAACUGGAAGCUUGGAAAAGCGCGUGGCUGCGGUAUGAAUCCUUCGCAGUCUUGGUCUAUACUGUUCACACCUUGGCAUUCAUGAUUGGGGCUGCUUCGCAUGGGGAAGUCAUAUUGUCUUCAUGCACUUGGACCACUUUUUUCUGUUGGUUUUGCUGGGAGCUUUCAUUGCGCUGCAUGGAGAUUCUCUUCAGAGUGCACCCGCUAUCAGUCUGUUUGGUUUCGGUCUUGGUGAGCGUGGUCCGAACGACCGCCUUGCAUUUCCACUUGGACAAGGUGAGACAGAUCAGCAGCUGGGCUGAGGUCCCGUGGACGUCCAUUUGGCUUCUCUACUUCUUUUCCUCCACUUUUUUGAUGCCGCUGAAAGAGUCGGUUCCGUUUCUGGUGCGGGUUGUCAUGGAAGGCAGAACAGUGGAGAUGCUGUGUCGGCUGCUGGGUACGCAAAAUUUUCAAAAGGAUAAGCUGGAGGAGGAAGCAAGCAGAUCUGGGGCAGGACGCGCCAGCAGAAAAGCCACACCUGUGGUGAAGCACGCUGCAACACUCCUGUGGUGCGUGGCUUUUACGGCUCUGUGGUCGAUAGAUGGACUCUGCUGGGGUGACUAUGUCGUUUCUGGUGCCACCGGAGCUGGCCGGCUUGGCAAUGGUGACUACAGCUACGCGGGUGAGUACAAUGGCAGGCCAUCCUAUGGUCAAAUGGGGGGUGGCCGGGGACAUAUCCGGAUGAACGAUGAGCAGCGCUGGGGUCUGCGUGUGGGAUCUGGAGUUUAUUGGGGGCCCAAGGAAUUCCAACCACCUGUUGGCCGAUGGAUCAAUCCAAGCUGUGAAGAAUGCUCUGGUCUGCCACCGCGUGUUGAUUCCUGCGAGUCUGGGUGUGAUUUUAUGGUGACCGGUGCGGGUGGUAAGGGCCUAGGUUGCAACGGCAACUACACCUAUGCUGGAGAGAAAAAUAACAGACCCUUCUACAGGCAUGCGAAUGGACAUGCAGAAAUAUAUUUUCAAUCCACCUGGAAACUGACCACGCGUGCAGUGCAACAAGAACUUGAUCCAGGAUUUACGCUGGACUAUUUGUAUGAACCUCCCGUUUCCCAACAGCUGCCCACUGGGCAGUGGAUCACUGAUGGAGGAUGCGGAAGCAAUGCCGACCCAGCGCCGACUGUCACGAUGUGCGAGGGAUGCGACGUUGAUUACAUAGUGACUGGAGCAGGGGGUGUGGGUUCCAGCUGCAAUGGCAACUACAGCCUUUUCAGGGCUGACUCGCUUGAAUUUUCUCAGGUUUACGGGCGUGGCAAAAGCUUUUACCGAAAGACAUCUGGGGAAGGCUGGAUUUCUCUCGACUCCAUCGGCAGAUGGAAGAUGCGAUGCAGGAACAGCUCCUUCAGUCCACAGGCGAUGGACGUCUGGCAUUAUGCCGAGCCGAAGAAGUUGACACCUCCCACCGGGCAGUGGGCCUCCGCCAAGCCAUGCCAUUGUUCUUACUCCGGAGCCGUGGUGUCCCGGUGCAGUGAGUGCAGUGAGAAGACGUAUGUCGUGAGUGAACUGGCUCAUCCACAUGACCGCGCCAAUGGUGAAUACCAUUUUUCCACAGAGAAAAAUGGCAGGCCUCAUUUCGAAAAGACCUCUGGUGACGCUCAUUUGGAAUUUUCGGAUGGUGGCCGUUGGAUGCUGAAGCUGGAGAUGGACGCGGCCGAAAGCAUUUCGGUUCCGCAGGUAUAUUUUGGUCCGGGCCAGGGGAAGCUUCCCCUGGGGCCAUGGAAAUGGGUUGGGAGCAACGCAACAGAGGAACACAAUGCCAUCAUGUCGGAAUGCUCUUCAGGGAUUUCACGGGUUUUCGUGCUUGUUGCGAUGCUUCUGGCGUUUGCAACUUCCAUCUACACCUGCUACAUCAUCAGGAGAAUCAAGCGCAUGGAAGUGGGAAUCGAGAGCGAAGAACAACCUACUGAUGUAAGAAUUUGCGUUGGGAGAUGA